CACGGAGAGCACCGCGCUUCUUUAUAAAGGAGCCGCGGCGGCGCGAGCCUCCAGAGCGUCUUCGCGUGAGUCCGCGGAGUUUAUUAUUGAGAUUCACUGAGACCUAACCACCCUCACCAUGCUGAUGUCUGAGCCGGAGCUGGAGUGCGGGAUCUGCUACCGCAGCUAUAACUCUGGCCGCCGCGCCCCGCGGCAGCUCGGCUGUAAGCACCGCUUCUGCGAGGCGUGUCUGCUCCGACAGGGCUCCUCCGCGCGGCCCGCCGGGGAAAGCGACUCUCAGCCCGGCAUCGUGUGCGCGCUGUGCCGCCACCACACCGCGCUGACGGAGGCGGGGCUGAAGGAGAGCCUGCCGCUGGAUGAGGAGCUCCUGGAGCGGCUGAGGGCUGCGGGGAGCCUGGACGCGGCUGAGGAGGAUGAGGAGGAUGAAGAGCCAGAACCUGAGGGUGAUGGUCAGAGUAAAGAGGAGGAGAGACUGCCCAGGACCAGGAAAGCGCGCGUGCUGAGAGCUAUGAAGAAGUUCUACAAUAAAGUUACAGGACGAGAUAGAGAAGGCUGUAUUACAGAUGCUGAAAUGAGGGACCUGGCGAUGAUGGCCUGCUACAUGAUCUAAAUGAUGCGAUGGAAUCCACACAACCAAAUAUCCAGUGUUAUCCAUCAUUUCUCUAAGCAUGGAUUCACAUCAAACCAAGACAUCAAGGCCAGACAGACUGAUCUUGACCUUCAAAGGCACUUUAUACCAGCAUUCAAGCUCCAGAGGAGACUCUUGAGGUGGACAAGCACAAAGUGACCGACUGUAGUGAUCCAUCAACAUAACUGAUGCUAAACUGCUGGGCAACUUUUUUACAGACCAUCCUGCAGCCAGUAUUUUCCACAUUGUUUUACUGUGGACAUGAUGAUAAAUGUAGCACUGUGAUACACUGCCACUGUAUCUCAUAUGUUAAACUGUAUAAUUUGACAGGAUGAAUUUUUGCACAUGUUGUGAAAUGUUUUUGGUGCUCUUAAUUUAUUACAGUAUUUACUGUAUUUAUUAAUUUUAUAUCUGAAAGUGUAUGCAGAUGAUCACUUAAAUACUUAAUAAAGUGUUUAUUUUGUAUUUGUCAAA